AUAUUAUUCAAAGGAAUUAACAUUGGAACACUUGUAAAGCAACACAAAUACAGCGUUUGAGUACAUCGAACCAUCUCAUCGAGUUUUGAUUCCGUGUCUAACCAUAAUCACCUUUUAAUUGACUCUAAGUUCUCGACCUUUAAACCUUCCUUUUGGCCUGAAUCUGAAAACGGUGACAUGGUUCCUGCGAUACCUUAGAAAGGUUGUAGGAUAGGAAGUGGCUUAAAAUAUCAAUAGGCCUGUGGUCAAGUCACCCUGUGCUUCUGUGUCGGUCAUUAGGCGUGCCUGGACGGAUCCAGGUUUGUCCCACUUGAUUUUCACCGCCCACACUCCCAGUCUCACACCUGCUCAUGUCAGGGAUCUCACGAUCCCAGCGCUCCCAGUCGAUUUACUCCACGUAUCCGGUUCAGAUCGCGGAAAGGCCCUUGGAUCGUACUCGUAGUCACUCGAGAGGAGCUUAUUGCGAAUGGAACGUGAAGCGUGCCAAACAUGACAGUUUUGAGUACCUCGGCAAUCCAAUUGCACCCCUCUAUCAAGAGUUCGAGGACGACUUCUCGUCUAUAGCCAGUGAAGAGGAUCGCUCCUCGCCAAGUAACAAAAACUCGAGGAGGAUGUCUUGCUGGGAACGAAUCAAGUGGCAUAUCAGAGUUCAUGGCGUGAACGAGGUGUAUCCGGUUCCAAGUGGAUGGAUUGCAAUCUUGUCAGGACUUCAUCUAUUUUGCUUUGCUCUUAUCAUCUUGGGCGAGGCGAUUCUCAGCGCGGAUGAGUACCUAAAAGCGACCAACACUGAUGGACUGGUCGUGUCAGCCAUGGGAUCGUCUUUGGUUGUGAAUAGCCUCGUGGGCUUGAUAUUUAUUUGCGGACCCAAUGAGAGGAAAUUGCUCUGCUUAUUUGUCUCCUCGUGUUUCUCUUCCUUGGUUCUGUGCUUCUUGGUGUUCAUGGCCGAAGACGAUUUGAUCUUCUUCCAACGCGUCAACGCCUUCUACUUGAACGACAUUCCCCAAGGCAAGCUCUCCGCUCAAACGUUGGCCUUUGGGGCGGUCUUUGACCACGAAUCCUUAAACAGCACAGUUCCCAUGGCCUUUCCGCCCACUAAUAUUGUGGUCUUGUCCGUGUUCAAGGCCAUUGGCACAUUUUUCGGCCUUGUGGUCUCCAAACUCAUGAUCGCGACCGUGCUUUGGAUCAAGUUUGAUGUGCUCUAUGAACUGCCCGAUCAACUCAUUGAAGAACCCACUGCAGAGGAAUGCGAGGAUGAUGAACAAGACCAAAGUCGGCGAGCUCAGUUGGCCAAGUUGGGUGGAUUGCUCACUCUAGGUUUCCUCGC